AUGGCCUCGCAUGCCGCACCAUAUAAUGGGGAGGUGUACUCACGCAUGGGUCGGGGUCGGGCUCUGAGUCGUUUUGAUUCCGGACUGCACAACGAGCGGAAACUUCAAUUCGAGCAGAAGUUAUUGGAUGAGUUGGAGGAAAUGGAUGAUCCAUUGGAGUUGUUUAUAGACUACAUCAAUUGGUUGCUGUCACUGAAUAGUGGCGAGGGGGGUAACGACCAGUUGCAGUCGCUGCUGGAAAGAUGUCUUCUGUAUAUUAUGAACAUAGACACAUACUACAAUGACCCCAGGUUUCUGAAAGUGUGGUUACAUUACAUCAACGCCUAUGUGGUUCAACACGACCUUGAAGAAUGCGAGAGACAUUUUGUGUUUAUGUGGAGGCGGCAUAUUGGUUCCAAAUUAGCGCUGUUCUAUGAAGAAUUUGCCCAAUUACUGUUUCAGUUGGGUAAAGUGGAUGAAUGCUAUCUGAUCUUACGCGUUGGCUUAGAAAGGAACGCGAGACCAUCCAAGAGACUGAAGAAGAACACUGAAAAGCUGAAGGAGAAACUCCAAAAUGCUGCUCCUCAGUUGAAAGAGCUUGAGCCUUUGGCGACCGUGCAACAUCUCUUUAACCAUACGAUGGAACCAAAAUUCUUGAAGAACGGUUCUUGUAGCGCGUCCUUUAAAACAAUUGAUAAAUUACCAAUCUUUAAAGAUGCGGAAGACGACGAGCCACAUAUGCUACGGGUCAAUACCAAUCUUGAACCGCUAUCAAGUAUCAAGGAAGGGGAAAGGGAAAACCCAAUUUACAAAAUUGUGAAACUCCCGAACCGGAAACCAGAGAGGAUAGAUUGUAACUUUAAUCUUCUGUACACUCAAAAUGGAGAGGAGUUUAGCAUCGAGCAGAUCUUAGCCAAGAAAAGAGAUCUAUACGACAAAAGGAGUACCAGCCCUUCUCAGAAAAGGAGGAAAGUUUUGAAGAUAGUAGAAACGAUGGUCCUCCCUGAUUCUCAGCCUCCGCGUAAUGAAGUAAAACAGCGGGUCGCUUCACCUGAAGUUAACAGCUCCGAAUUGAACAACCAAUUUAAGAAUAUAACCCAGACUUCGAUCCUGCGCCUGAAUGACGAAAACGGUGCAAAUGACUCUACAUUAAUGAAGAGACCACAUUCACCAACCACAACUGUGACAUUAUUUUCAAAAGAUGCAAUAAAUGAGGUGUUUUCGAUGUUCAAUCAAAACUACGAAGGCAAUGAUGAAAACGACGAUGCCACCAACACAGAGAACAAAUUUGCUAUUUAUGAAAACUAUACCCAAGACGUGUCUAGAAAUAACAUUGAUGAUCUAACGGAGGUAAAGCCUCCAACAAACAAGAUCGUGGAAAAAGCUGAACCAGCAGCUGAGCCUGUUCGCCACCGUACAACAGAUAGCAUCUUAAACAUGACGCCAAUAGUAGAACGUACGGAAAAUUCAAUACAUAACGGAACACCCCCGAGGAAACCGUUACAUCUCAACUCUCAAAGUUCACCCUUCGUCUCUCAACCAGUGGUGACUACCGAAAAUGCGAGUAUAAUCGAGCAUCCCUUGGACCCGGCACUGCGGGAACGUUUAAUAAUUCAAAUAUCACCGCCGUUAAAGAAAUACAGAACUUUCCACGGUUACAGUUAUGCGUUAAGCAAGAGUGCCCAAUUACAUAAGAUUCGCAACAAAAUUUCCUCUGGCGGAAACAGCAGGACUCCGAUGGUAACGUUUCAAUCUACUGGCGAUUCAUAUUCCAUUCAGGGGAUCCUGGGCGAAGGCGGUUACGGUACGGUGUAUCUUGCCGAAUCCGACACCGGCGCUCUACAAGCUUUAAAAGUGGAAAAACCAGCAAACUUGUGGGAGUACUACAUACUAAAGCAAGUUGAGACCAGAUUGCAUGAUUCGGAUGCUGUGCGAUCUAUAAUCACUGCGCAUUCUCUGCACUAUUUCCUUGAUGAAAGUUACCUUGUGUUGAACUAUGCGCAGCAGGGGACCAUACUGGACCUUGCGAACAAGUACGGUGAGGAGUACAGGAACGGUGGGCACAUUGAGGAACACUUAUGUUUAUACUUGACUGUUGAGUUGAUGAAGGCCGUUGAAGCGAUACACCGUAUUGGCAUCAUACACGGGGAUUUGAAGCCAGACAAUUGUAUGAUACGAUUUGACGCUGAGCGGGCUUUGAGCGUAUACGAUUCUGAGGGGGACACUAGUAUGGAUAGGAACGGGAUAUACCUUAUUGAUUUUGGGAGGUCAUUCGACAUGACUUUGCUUCCACCGGGCACGAAAUUUAAAGCGGACUGGCACACGGAUCAGCAGGACUGUACCGAGAUGCGCGCUGGUGAUCCCUGGAGUUAUGAAGCUGAUUAUUUUGGUCUUGCUGGGAUCAUCCACCUGAUGUUGUUUGGCACUGUAAUUGAAACUGAGCAACUGCCCAGCGGUAAAGUAAAACUGCGGCACAGCUUGAAAAGGUACUGGCAGACGGACCUGUGGGUGCCACUCUUCGAUACUCUUUUGAACAGUGGGAACUACGAUCUCCCCGCGGUCGCGAAGUUGCGUGUACUGCGACUACCCAUCGAGGAGUACCUGUCUGGUGUCAAGACUUUAAGGGAGUUACAACUGCUGGUUACAAACUUGGGUAAAGAGCUAUCUAUAUAG